AUGUUACUGAAGCGUUGCUGUGUGAUUCUACUCAUCAUACAGAGGGAUACAGAAAGUACACGGGUCAUUGGUGAAUGCAGGACUGUGGUACAGGGGGAGGAUGUGGACUUAUCCUGCAGACUGAUAGAGACAACUGAGGACCUCGAACAGAUAACAUGGCAGAAAAGUACUUGGGAAGAAACACAGAACCAUAAUUUUAUGCUGAUUUAUCCCAAUGGGGCUACUAAAUUUAUUGCACCGAAUGGAUUGAGUGGUAGAGUCCAGUUUAUUGGGAACCCAUCAGAAAACCUUGGAUCUAUUAGAAUAACAGCUGUCAGACUGCUUGAUGAAGGCACCUUCACAUGUAUCUUCAGUGUUUUCCCCAGUGGAGCAUACACUACAGAGAUACUUCUGACUGUGCUUGUUCCUCCAGUAGUGAGUGUGACAGUUGAUGUUCCUCCUGUCACUGGGGAAAAUGAGGUUGUCUUGGCAACCUGUGUGGCUGCUGGUGCCAAGCCACAGGCAGAAGUGACAUGGAAGACGGGUGCAUUUGGCAGUUUGUUGAGGACAGUGACUAACUUCACACAGCACACCAAUGGAACCACCACAGUACUCAGCCACCUGCUAGGGUUGCCAACCAGAGCAGCCAAUCAGCAGCAGGUCCAGUGUGUGGUCAACCAGUCUGCCCUGGCAACAGAAAGGAGCUACAACUACACCAUAGAUAUCCACUGUAAGUAUAUACUCCACUACUACUGCCCUACCCUAUAG